AUGGCGCUACGUCUGGGCCAAAUUCUGCGUGGAGCCAGGUGGAAUUACCUUCUUGUUGAGGAUCUCGGCAACAAAUCCUCAAAUUCCAGUGUCUUCAAAGCUAAGAUCUUGCCGCAGGCCCCAACUCCACCUCCAGGGCAAUGGGCUAUUGUCAAAACCGCUUCUGAGCAGAACAGUUUGGACAUGCUAAAGCAGGAGCACGAGUGCUACCAGAACUCUGCUGUUAGGUCGUCAUGGCAUCUGCGAGCUCUUUACGAUGCUAUUGAUGUUCAUGGACCGUCAUAUUGCCUGGCAUUUGAAUGGAUGGAUUGCACUUUGAAAGACUUGUCGUCUAAAGCGCAUCAGCAAAGUCGUGUGUUACACAAAAGCAUUACUAAGGCAGUCUUAGAAGCCCUUCUUGUUCUAAAGUCACAACAUCUUGUUCACACAGACAUAAAGAACGAUAACAUCCUUAUCUCUGGCAUUGAUGGACAAUGUCCAACAGUUAAAUUAGGGGAUCUAGGGCUAGUACGCUCUGAGGGGUUUGAUAAUUAUCCUGUACAGCCAUUGGCAAUGCGCGCCCCUGAGGUCUGGUCAGGGAAGGGCUGCUACCAUUGUUCUGAUAUGUGGGCGUUUGCUGUUACGCUUUUUGACUGGAUUUCGCCAUGUGUUUUUGGCGCAAACGAUAUGCCUCAGGGUCACUGGCCGCAGCCAUGGGCAAUGGCUAAGCUCAUGCGACUAUUCCCUGGCUCUAUAACAAUUCAUCCUACUGACCCUAAUUACCAAGGAUACUUCAAGAUUGCCCAGUUGCUUGAGAAGUCAGGGUUGGACGAGAACACAGGGCCAAAAUGUUUUGAAACUCUCUCGUUUGAGGAGGAGCUGAACAAGCUCAAUAUUUCACCAGCACUUGCGGCUUUCUUUCGCUACCUGCUCGUUGUAAACCCUAUGCAAAGACCUAAGGCUAUUGAAGCGCUAGGAUCGCAGCAAUUCCAGAGCCUUGCUUAG